GACAUUGAUCUAGAAAUAGAAAGGAAAAUGUUAGACUAAAUAUUUGAGUUUAAUUAUGGCCAGGUUUUUUGUUAUGCUAAACUGAUUUCCGUUUCCUCUCGAUCUUUUCCCUUAUAAACACCAUAAUGGGUAUCUCUCGAGAUAAAUGGCACAAACGUCGCGCCACUGGUGGUCGUAUGCCAUGUGUACGAAAGAAGAGAAAGUUCGAAUUGGGUCGUCCACCAGCACACACAAAGCUUGGUGCGAAAAGGAUUCACACAAUUCGUACCAUGGGUGGCAAUAAGAAAUACAGAGCUUUGAGACAAGAUCAUGGAAAUUUUUCUUGGGGGAGUGAAGCUAUUACUCGUAAAACCCGUAUCAUUGAUGUAGUCUACAAUGCUUCAAACAAUGAGUUUGUUAGAACCAAGACCCUAGUAAAGAGUUGCAUUGUUCAAAUAGACUCAACACCUUUCAGGCAGUGGUAUGAAGCUCAUUAUGCUACACCUUUGGGUCGCAAGAAAGGAGUUAAACUGUCUGAAGAAGAAGAGGCUGUACUCAACAAAGUGCGUUCAAAAAAGACCCAGAAGAAAUAUGAAGCAAGAAAAAAGAUUGCCAAAGUAGAGCCAGCUCUUGAUGAACAGUUUUCUACUGGAAGAGUUUAUGCUAAAAUUUCCUCACGCCCAGGGCAAAGCGGUCGUGUUGAUGGCUAUGUACUUGAGGGCAAGGAACUUGAGUUCUAUGUUAGGAAAUUGAAAUCUAAGAAGGCGAAAUAAACUUCAAAUUUUACAUUAAAAUUGUUGAAAAAUUA